GGCCUCUCGCCGCCGCCCCCUCCCCUCCCCUCCCCUCGCGCAACCCCCCACCCCACCCACUCGAUCCACCCGCCCCGAUGCCUCGGCGAGCCCUCACGCUCCUCCUCCUCGCCCUCGCCGUCUCCGCCCCCUUCGUCGCCUCCGCCGCCGGGGACCAGUUUCAGGGCGCGCACGAUGCCGCCGCCGGCAACGCCACCACCACGCGCCGCCUCGACCGCCGCACCAAGAUGUUCGUCCACACGGCACGCGGCGUCAUCGGCGGCGGAGGCGACGCCGGCGUCGAGCAGGAGUCCGAGCUGGGCCUCUUCGACGCCUUCUUCGCCAGCCUCUCCAUGAUUCUCGUCAGCGAGAUUGGCGACGAGACGUUCAUCAUUGCGGCUCUCAUGGCGAUGCGGCACCCCAAGUCGACGGUACUCUCUGGUGCGCUGUCGGCGCUGGUUGUCAUGACGGUACUAUCAACUGGGCUUGGCAGGAUCGUUCCGAACUUGAUAUCGAGGAAGCACACUAACAGCGCAGCAACUGUCCUUUACGCGUUCUUUGGGCUGCGACUGCUUUACAUUGCUUGGAGAUCAGAUUCUAGGGCGUCACAGAACAAGGAAAUAGAAGAAGUACAGGAAAAGCUGGAAGCAGGUCAAGGGAAAUCAACAUUUAGACGUGUCUUCUCAAGGUUAUGUACUCCUAUUUUCUUGGAGUCAUUUGUGUUGACCUUCCUGGCUGAGUGGGGCGACCGAAGUCAGAUAGCCACAAUUGCGCUGGCUACGCACAAGAAUGCUGUAGGUGUUGCCAUUGGAGCAACCUUGGGGCACACCAUCUGCACAUCAUUCGCAGUGGUGGGCGGCAGUAUGCUUGCGUCGAGGAUAUCGCAAGGCACCGUAGCAACCAUUGGAGGCCUCCUCUUCCUUGGCUUCUCUGUAUCAUCAUACUUCUACCCACCAUUGUAAUCGCACCCUGUGCUUCCUGCAUCAUUUUUUUUUCAUUUGUUGGUAAGAUCACACUCCGUAAGCCCCGUCGCCUCAUCUUACUUAGCAGCAUGUGAUGCCUGGCAUACAGUUUUUCGUUGUACCACGACACUCUGAUAUAUGUAUGGAGUAGGGAUAUGAUCACUGCUAAUAUAUACAAGUUGACCCGAUUCCAAGAAA